AUGGACCACGGUAUAUUUCUCAAGCAAGUAACAAUAGCAAUUUGUGUCACGCACUUCAAUUAUCUCAUGAACCUCCAGGGUAUACCCAUAUCUCAAGUAUCAUAUGCCAAAGGGAAUCCUAACUACGACGAGUUAGAAGCCUCGCGAUGGCAAGCAGCACAAGUCUCAACUCUCAGUGUUUGCAACUUCGACAAAGUGUUUGAUCUCGCGGGACCAAUCCGCAUCGACUCCAUAUCAUCACGUCAGUCACCUGCAUUAACAAUGGAGAUUAGAGUGUUCUUUGAGCUUGAUCGAACGCUGGGCAAUGGUGAAAUCAUCGGAAAACUUCAAACAUCGUGGGAUGAGUUGCUCAAUCAUGGAGAUGAACAAUUCGAACUGUCCUUCCCACCCGUUCGUGGUGUCAAUCCUUCGCUCACGCUGAAGGCCACUGUUGUACAUGCUAGCGAUAAUCAGGACGGCGCACUACUUGACUCCCUCGUAGACUGCGAGACUGUCCGAGAAACAGAUGCGGGCCAUCCACUCCUCGUUGAUGAGGAUUACUACGCUCGUGUGGAGGGUCGCGAGAUCAUAUCCAACCUUUCCAAAGCUGCCGGUUUUGCACACAUGAUUUUCACUAUGAGUCCUGACAUUGACCAUGCUGACGAUAAGAAGUCGUGGCAGGCGCGUCAUACCCGUAUCCGUAUCGUGCAACAGAUCACUAUCAUGAUGGGCUGCGCCGUCUUACCCCAUCUUCGUAAUCUCGUGGCCUGCAUUGCGCACGGUCUGCAGGAUGAGCAGCAGAAAGUGCGGACCAUGACUGCACUCGGGCUUGCCGCCCUUGCUGAAGCAGCCACGCCCUACGGUAUCGAGUCCUUCGAUGAGGUACUGAAGCCUCUCUGGCUUGGUAUUCGUCUGCAUCGUGGCAAGGGUCUUGCUGCCUUCUUGAAGGCUAUCGGUUUCAUUAUUCCCCUCAUGGACCCCGAGUACGCAUCCUACUACACCAAGGAAGUCACAGUCAUUCUCAUUUGUGAAUUUCAAACCUCUGAUGAAGAGAGGAAGAAGAUCGUCCUCAAGGUGGUCAUCCCCGAGUCCAAAGGGCAACACAGAGGAGAACAUGGCGGACACACAGGAUCACAUCGAUGCAACCGUGACACAGCUCUUCUACACGAGCAACAUGUUCCACGACUUGACCUACCGUUGAGUUUUACUUUGGAUGUGGCGGACGGCAGUGGGUUUAACAAUGCCAAUUUUAUGACGCCCCCCGAUGCGCAGAAUGGUCGAUGCCGUAUGUACCUCUGGAACACGGCAAACCCUUACCGCAAUGGUGACAUGGAAGCUGACAUCGUCAUCCACGAGCUUGCGCAUAGUCUCAGCACGCGCUUGACGGGUGGCCCCAAGAACAAGCUGGUCGAGAUUCAGAGACGACCUGAGGCAUGGGCGUUGAUUGUAUCUUUCCUCGAACAUCCCGACACAAAUGUGCAAUUCUUUGGCGCACAUACUGCGCAGGUUAAGAUCAUGUGCGACUGGGAUUCAUUUCCUGAGGAAAACGCCGAACAUCUACGAGACUUACUGCUCAAGCUCACCUCUCACUCAACAUUGACGGGAAAAGGCGAAGUAGUGUGCCGCAAACUGUUUGUCACAAUCACAUCACUUGCACUCCAAUUUGCGCCUGGUUCUCCCUCAAGGUGGCCAGACUGGAUAGUGUCGGCAGUGAAUUCUCUCUCUUCCUCUGGCAUGCCUCCAGAACAACUCCUUGCCUUCCUUACCAUAGUCGAUGAAGAGGUCGAAACGGCCGACCUUCUAGGGCCCAGAUGCAAAUGCACCAGUCUCUUCUUGACGCCUCUCCGAUGGUAG